AUGACCGUCUUCCGCCUGGCCGGCGACGCGAGCCACGCGCUGGCGUGGGCGGUUCUACUGCUCAUCCUCUGCUGCUCGCGCUCGGCAGCGGGCCUGUCGCUGCGAACGCAGGAGCUCCUCUUGCUCGUUUACGCCUGGCGUUAUCAGGACCUCGCGUGGAACUUCCUGAGCUUGUACAACUGGUGCACCAAGCUAGCCUACCUGUCGCUCGCUGUCUGUGUCGUCUCCGCCUGCCACUGCGUGCCCGCGCUGCGCCGCACGCGCAACUACUCGACCGAUCUUCGGCCGCUCAGCACGCUGCUGCUGCUCGUGCUGCCGUCACUCCUGCUAGGCUAUGCCACCAGCAUGGACCGCACGAGCCCGUUCGAGAACCUUUGGGCUUCGUCGCUCUACCUCGAGGCGGUGGCGGCGGUGCCGCAGCUGGUGCUCAUUGUGCGCGAGGGCUCCUCCCGCUCGGCGGUCUCUCACUACAUUUUUCUGCUGGCCCUGUACCGCGCCUUCUAUCUGGGCAACUGGGCGCAGCGCUACCGUCGCGAGCCCUACUACUGGCAGCCGCAGGCGUGGACGUCGGGCGCCGUGCAGACGCUCUUGUAUGUGCCCUUCUUCAUCGUCUAC